CCACGACAAAAUGCCGACGAGCAUACUACGCCCGCCGUGUGCGACAAGAGAGAGAGAGAGAGAGCGCCGCUCUGCUGCACGAUAGUGAUGGUCGCAAACAAAGACAAAAGCCCGAGGACAAAGUGCUUGCUGUGACAACAAAAUAGCCUGAGACGGGACUGCCGGACUACCUGUUGUCCCACGGUCUGCCCGUAGCCCGGAUGCUCUCACUCGACGGGGACAGGGACCUCAAUGGACAGUGGCCCCCGUGGCGUGACCCAAACACUUGCACCGUUGCACGGAAGCCAGCUCUGCAACCGAGCUCACCAUCGGUGGAACGAUGUCGUGCUGCAUCCCCCUCACCUCGAGUUCUGUUACGUGCCCGGCUCGUCGACCAGCAGCAAGCGGAUAACCAAGGCAUUAUUCUUCAAGGUCAUCAUCCAACAAGUGGUCCCAGAAUUGGGAUGCAAGCAGCUUGUACGUAAGAAUAGGUCGCGAGGUAGAGGGAAAAAAAAUAAAAAAAUCGCAAUCCAUCACAUGGCCCGGCGGCAAUAA